GGGAGAACAGAGCGGCGGGGUGUGCAGGGCGAGUGAAGAGCUGUGAGCAGGCCCCGGUGGGCCACGCGGAGCCACGCAGGGCGGUGGGCGCGCAGACCCGGCGUCCGAGGGCGCGGACUGCAGAGCCCCAGCCUGCGAGCGCGUCGCCGGGCCGCUGCUGCCGCGUCGCCUUCUCCCGCGAGAUCGCCGGCGCUGGGCCCGAGCUCCCACUAGCGCACCCAGAGCCCGGCCUCCUCUCCAAUGUUUCAGAAGUCACGGCCGGCGCUGCUGCAGCCUCAGGAUGUUGGAGACAAGGUGGAGACGCUUAUGUUACAUCCGGUGAUCAAGGCUUUCCUGUGUGGCUCCAUCAGUGGGACCUGCUCCACCCUCCUUUUCCAACCGCUGGAUCUCCUCAAAACGCGCCUACAGACUCUCCAGCCCUCAGACCAUGGAUCUGGUCGUGUUGGGAUGCUGGCUCUGCUCUUGAAGGUGGUUCGCACGGAGAGUAUUCUGGGCCUUUGGAAAGGGAUGUCCCCUUCCAUUGUGAGGUGUGUCCCUGGCGUUGGCAUCUACUUUGGCACUCUCUACUCCUUGAAGCAGUACUUCCUGCGAGGCCAUCCCCCCACAGCGCUGGAGUCGGUCAUCCUGGGAGUGGGCUCUCGCUCGGUUGCAGGACUCUGCAUGUCACCCAUCACUGUGGUGAAGACACGUUACGAGAGUGGGAAGUAUGGCUAUGAGAGCAUCUAUGCAGCCCUGAGGAGCAUCUAUCGCACUGAGGGGCACCGGGGACUCUUCAGCGGCUUGACGGCAACACUCCUUCGUGACGCACCCUUUUCUGGAAUCUACCUGAUGUUCUACAACCAGACCAAAAACAUCAUGACCCAUGACCAGUUGGAUGGAGUCCUUAUUCCCGCUGUAAAUUUCAGCUGUGGGAUCUUUGCUGGCAUUCUGGCCUCCCUGGUGACUCAGCCUGCGGAUGUUAUCAAAACCCACAUGCAGCUCUCCCCAGUGAAAUUUCGGUGGAUUGGCCAGGCAGUGACACUCAUUUUUAAAGAUUAUGGGCUCCGUGGCUUCUUCCAAGGCGGCGUCCCGAGGGCCCUCCGCAGAGCUCUGAUGGCAGCGAUGGCGUGGACCGUGUAUGAGGAGAUGAUGGCCAAGAUGGGCCUGAAGUCCUGACCGAGAGGGACUGGGUAAAGACGGGCUAUGUUGCCCUCCCUGGCUCUUACCGGGGCUGCUUCGUCUCACUGCCCUGGAGUAAGAUGAAGUCUAAUCUGGAAAGCCAGGCAGAUGUGUCCCCUUCUGUUACCCAGUUUCAGUAGAAAAUCGGUGGGCCUGACUCAAGCCUUCAGAAUAUCCCAGAAGAGGAGUUACUGAUGCCUACAGCACACUGGGGAGUUCAUAGAAGGGCUUGCCCCUGCUGCCAGGUUACUCGAAAAGGCCUUUCUGGAAAGAGCUCUGUCCGGUGGCUCUGCUUCAGCCACCCAACCUAUGCCACGCUGCCUGUUUAGAUCU